AACAUUAUUUAUUUACAUGUGUGCCUCGUUAUCAAAAAUUAUGACUAGAAAUUAACCUACAUUGAACUGUUUACCCAUAACUAUCUUAAAAAUUGUACUUUUUAAAACAAAUUCCGUUAUCAAAACAAAAUAUUAUGUAAAAUUAACGCAGACAUUACCAUAAAUAGUGCCUAUAAAAAAACAAAUUUCCUGCUAAAACCCAACACAAACAAAAAAAAGACAACAUGAAGUUGAUAUUUGUGAUGAUUCUAGUUGUUUCAGCAGUUACAGCCGACCAUGAAGAAAAAUGUGGUAAAAACGAAAAAUACAACCCUUGCGGCUCCUUAUGUAUUUCAACGUGCAACAACCGCCAGUUUGCAAACUGCGCCACCCAAUGCAACCCCGGCUGCUUUUGCAAAGACGGCUACAUCAGGAGCAAACUCAACGGGCCUUGCAUCAAAAUAUCUGAAUGUCGUUACGUAAUGUAGUAAAUAAAACACAAAUAAACUAUACUUAUUAUUAUAAUAAUUUA